GUGUUAGCUAAAACUCACAUCCAUCUCCAUCUCCAUCUCUCUAACAUGUUCACCUCUUUAGGUCAACAAUAACCCCGUUUUCAAUCCUCCAUGCCUUCUCUUUCUCUAGGGUUUGAUGCCUCGUAGUCAAAUAUGAAGGCACCGACUCUUACAAUUCUUUCUUCUAUCUAGUACUAAAUAACCACCUGCUUUUCUUUGUUUUCUUCACAGCCUCACAUAUCUGCCCAGUCAAAUAUCUUCUUAGCCCCAACUAUAAUUUUCUUUGAGGUUAUAAUUAGCAGAAUUGAAGGUGGGGUCAGUGUAUAAUUUUAUGGAGUUGAUGCAAGAAGUGAAAGGGUAUUCUGAUAGCAGAGAGGAGGAGGAGGAAGAGGAGGCAGCAGAAGAAAUCAUCACAAGAGAAGAAAGCAGCAGGUUGUUACACCAGCACCAGGAUGCGGCAGCUUCCAAUUUCAUCAUCAACAAUCAUCAGCAUCACCAGACAACAAAUCAGCUAGAUUUCAUGGACUUGUCACUGGGGAGCAGCAAGGAUGAGGGGAAUUUGCAAGGAUCAUCAGGAGGUGGUGUUUAUGGUCAUCAUCAUGGAAGUGCUACUGCUAGUUCUUCUGCCAAUGGUAACAACCUGCAGCAGCAGCCAGCUGAGAAGGAGCACAUGUUUGAUAAAGUUGUGACACCUAGUGAUGUGGGGAAGCUGAACCGUUUGGUGAUACCAAAGCAGCAUGCUGAGAAGUAUUUCCCUCUUGAUUCCUCCACCAAUGAGAAGGGGCUGCUGCUGAAUUUUGAGGACAGGAAUGGCAAGUUAUGGAGGUUCAGGUACUCCUAUUGGAACAGUAGCCAGAGCUAUGUGAUGACCAAAGGGUGGAGCCGUUUUGUGAAGGAGAAGAAGCUUGAUGCUGGUGACAUUGUGUCCUUCCAGCGUGGUGUUGGGGAAUUGUAUAGGCAUAGGUUGUACAUAGAUUGGAGGAGAAGGUCUAAUCAUCACCAUCACCAUCAUGGCCCUGACCCUUCAACCACACUCUUCACACCUUUCUUUCUUCCCAAUCAGCCUCACUUAAUGUCCAUCAGAUGGGGUGCCACUGCCCAUGGCAGAUUCUACUCCCUCCCUUCCCCAACCCCACCACGCCACCACCACCAUGACCAUUUGCAACAACACCUCAAUUAUAACACCACCAUGUAUCAUCACCCCUUUGCUGCUUCUGCAAGUGCAAACAAUGGAUCAACUCAUCACUACAACUACCAUAAUGACAUGACUUCAGGAUCUGGCUCAGUCUUUUACCUCAGGUCAACACCCCCAUCAAUGCCUAUUUCUGAUCACCAAACCUUGGGCACAAGGCAACAACAAGAGGGAGGCAAUGCUUCUCUUUCCCCUAUGAUCAUUGAUUCUGUUCCGGUUGCUCAUAACCAUCAUCACCAUCCCUACCAUGGCGCCAAGAGUGGUUCUAGUGCUAGUACUAGUCCUAGCACUGCAGGCAAAAGGCUAAGACUAUUUGGGGUGAACAUGGAAUGUGCUUCUUCAACAUCAGAAGAUCCCAAAUGCUUCAGCCUGUUGUCCUCAUCAUCUUCGGUGGCACAUUCUCCUUCACUGCCACCUCUUCAGCUUUUGAGGGAAGACACUCUCUCAUCAUCAUCAUCAUCAGCAAGGUUUGGGGAUCAGAGAGGGGAACCUUCAAUGCUUUUUGAUCUGGACCCUUCUUUGCAGUACCGGCAGUGAUAAACAAAUUGAUGAAGAACACAAAUAAUGAAGAAGAUACCAGUUUGAUCUAAAGUUUACCUGGGCUACCAACACUCUCUUUUGUGGCAUUUUUAUUAUAUUUUACAUUUUUUCUUUCAUCUUUUUUAUUUUAUUUUAUUUCAUCAGCUACAAAGGAAAGAAAAGGCUCCCAGGCUUUCUUCUUCUUUUGAUCAGUAAUUAGUGUUUAGCUUUUGCACGUUUUGGCGUUUUUAGUUCGUUUAGAACUGCUCAAUGAAUUAAUUAGCUGGGGAUUUGGGCCCUGAAGAAAUGGAACAUCCAUCCUUUCACAACCUAAAGAGGGAAAUGAAAUCCAUGGAGAUCAAUUACAUUUAGACCUUUUUUCAA